AUGUUAGAACAUUCCACCAUCACGGCCUUGUCAGUGCUUUCAGGUAUUUUGAGUGAGGAGGGUUCUGCUGAUGAUGGAACGCUUAAAAAGCAGAGGGUUGAUGUUUUGUUUUUUGGUCACUUGGAUGGAAUUAUUACUGCUAUUUUUCAUAAUAAUACAGUGAUGAAUGAGGCUUAUUUGUAUGAGGAGAGGAGUUAUGAUGUUUGGUGUGGAAGGAUGCAUUCGGAGGAGAUUUGUGGAAUUGUUGGAGUGCCUGGAGAGAAUACGUUUGUUUCGUGGAGUAAGCAUGAGAUUAAAAGUGGACUAUUCAAUGAUUCAAGGGAAGGUGAAGUUUGUUUAAAGUUGGACAUGUCGCACCAUGUAAAGGGAUUUUCAAUAGCAACAGUUCUGGUUGUUGAGAGGAAUAUUCAUAUAUUUACAAAGAAUGGAAGAGUGUUGGAGAUUGGUUUGGACACAGGGGAUUUAGUGAAACAGUACGAAUUGGUAGUGAAUACUGCCUUAUGUGUGGAGCAAGUAUUGAUCAUGGGAGGAAGUAUUGAUGAGUAUUACAUUCUUUGGGAAGGAAAUAGAAUUUCCAAGCACAAUAACCAUGGAGGAGGGAAAUUCUCUCAGGUAAAAUUUGAGGGAGGAGGCAAAAUUUCAGAAAUAGAUAUUAGUUCGGAUCAACAGACAAUGAUUGCUACUGUCUGUAAGGGAGAUGAACGUAAAGUUUGUGUGUUUGAUAUUUCCAAAUUGAUUUCAUCAAACAUUAUUGACAAUAUCAAAAUGUAUUCCACUGUCAAUACUAAAACUGAUACAGGAGUUGAAGUGAAUGUAAUGAAGAGAGUUUUCAAAAUUAAUGAUCAAAAAUUAUUAAGGAUGAAGUGGAGUACGGACGGAACUUGUUGCUUUAUUGUUGGAGAUCAUGGCUCUAUUAUUGCCUUCUACACAGAUCCGCAUCAGCCAGAAUUCACUCUUGCUUCUGCUGAUUGCAUUCAGUUCCCAAUACACAAAAAGUUCCAAGAACAAAAAUUGCAAUUAUCGGCCUUUUGUGAUUCUGAAGAAUUUUCAGAUAUUGAUAUCAUUACACAGAACUAUGCAGAUAACAACUCAGAACUAAAUGUGAAAGACAGUCUCCUAACUACAUCUAGUUUUGAUAUCUUUCAAUUAGGCAAGAAUGACAAAUCAGUUGCCAGGUAUAUCUUUGGCCACGAAGAUGGAACAUUUUCUUUAUUCUCAAAGGAAACUCCUAGUGGCCCUUGUAAACCAUUGUGUACAUUCCAACCAAUACACAGCUCUAAGAUACAAGGAUUUUUGAAAGUUUCAGAAAAUAGAUACCUUUCAUGGACAAAAAAGGAGAUUUUCAUCUCUGACCAAUUGUUCAAAGUGGUAAAGGAUUUGUCCAUUCACAUUAAGGGUGAGACAGUUGUUGCCUUAGAAUUUUAUGGAACGAAUGUUUACAUUGUAACCCACAUGUCAAAAUUGAAAAUUGUAGAAUUGAGAUCAGAUUUCAAAUUUGUCAAGUGUAAGGAGAUUUCUCUGGUCACAGAGGGGCUAUCAGGAUUAACUGUGAAAACAUGCCAAAUUUUAGUGAACUCAACCAAAAUAGAAUUGUUGAUUUUGUGGAAUAGUGAAAAGGAUUACUCUUUCAGAACUUUCCAAAACACACCAAACAGAAUUCAAAACCUCGAUGCUCCAAUUAAUGUGAGUCUUUCAAACAAAAUUACCGAGCUUGGAAAAUUGGACAAGUUCCUCUAUGUAAAAUAUUCAGGAGAAAUUGAUUAUACAUUUUUAUCAAUUUCUUCCAUUCCUGAUUCGUUGGUGAAAGGGCCAGAAUUUCCAAAGGUACCAGACGCUUCCUAUCAGUAUACACUCUAUCAUCAUGUACAAUCUGGAAAGAACUAUGGAUUGACCAGUGAUAAGUUCUACUCUCUAUUUGAUGCUAUUCGUCUUGAGAUUACCAUUCACGAUGUGAGGCGAACCUUUAAAGGAUUUAAUGAAAGAUUUAACUGUUCCAAUAAACCAAAAAAAAUGUCUCAACAACCAUCCUCUUCCACAACCUCCAACAAAAAACCAGAAAUUCCUCUCGUCUCCCAAGUCAUUGAAAUUGGAGAUGUUGAUCAAGAUAUUACUCCCCUCUCUUCCAUGAUCAUCUCUGAUCAGUUAUUUGGUGAUGAUGAAAACAUUGAUUCCGAAACGAGUGAUGAUCAUCAGCCUACAACAAAGCCCUCAAUAUUUGCCUUUACAAAUGUUCCUGAAUAUGAAAUUGAUUUGGAUAAACCAGCAUCGGAGAGAUGGAAGGCUAUUAUUGAAGAUUAUAAAGAUAAAUUUCCUGCAUUGAUUGCCUUUUUGGAGGAGGAAAUGGAUGGAGUGCUGGGAGGUGGAUGGAAAGCUACGUUUGCCAAAACUUUUCUGAAUAUGUUGUUUAAUGUUUUUACAAAUUCUGGAGCUGUUUAUUAUUCACAAGAAUUGAAAGCUGUGGCUGAACAGGCUAAUUUGCCACUUGGAUUAUUUGCUUUUAUGCAAUUGAGUUAUGAAUUGUUUGCUUGUUGUACUAGUAUUGUAAAGGAGAAUAGUGAUGGAUUUCCAAUUCAUGUGAGAACUAUGGAUUGGUCAAUGGAUUUUCUCAAAUCUUAUACAGUUCAAUUGAAUUUCAAAAAGAAUGGAACUACUCUUUUCAAGGCAUCAAGUUGGGCUGGAUAUUUGGGAGUUUUGACAGGAUGUAGACCUGGAGCAUUUUCAGUCUCUAUUAAUUUUAGAAGUACUGAUGAUGGACAUUUUGGAAAGAAUAUUCUCAAGAGUAUUACCAGAGGAUGGCCAAUUUCAUUCUUAGUUAGAGAAACACUGACAGAUUGUGCAACAUUUUCACAUGCUGUACAAAUUUUGAAGAAUAGCAAAUUGAUUGCUCCAGUUUAUAUUACUAUAGCUGGUGCUAAUAAGGGAGAAGGUGCUAUCAUUACUAGAAAUAGAGAAACAUUCAGCUCUGAUGCCUACCUCCUCAAAUUGAGUGAUUUGGAUCAAGAUAAUGAAACUUCCAAAAUGUACUAUUUAAAGGAAUCAAAAGCAUUGAUACAGACCAAUGCAGAAUGGUGGAAGAGUUUGGAGGAAAUUAAGAAAAAUUGUAACAUAUUGUUCAGUAGUCAGAGAUUGAAAAAGGCCAAUAGUUUACUGAAACGAAUGCCAAAAGAUCAGACAACCAUUGAAAAGAUGACUGGACUUUUCACGCCACAGAAUCAUCCAUUAUUGAAUGAGACUACUAUUUAUAUUUGUGCUAUGAAUCCCUCUAAUGGUGAUUAUGCCACCAUUCUUGUAAAUUAA